GCGGGUGCCGAGCCGAGGGCCAGCCGCCUUCCCCCAAACUCCCAGUCCUAGCUGCCAGCGAUGCACAACUCCCCUCCAAAAAUCAGCCAAGCGCGCGCACAGCCCCGCGCCCGCUCCCGGAGGAGAAAUCGGAGCUGGAACAAUCUGGCCAAAGUCACACGAGAGACAGGAACAACGUAUUCAUUUCCUGUUCCAUGAACCUCACUCACCAGCGCUUCCCUUUUCUGAAAUUCUUCUUCCACUCACCCCACACCCACCAGCUUCUGACCCCUGCAUUUUCAUCCACAAAGAGGAGGGCGCUCUCGACCUAAGAUUCCCAAGCCAGCAGCUUGCACUGGAGAGCCGUUUCCCCGCUGAGUCUGUUUCCACUGCCCCGCUACGGGUGACCCAAGGGACCCCCGGGAGAGGCUGGCGGAUCAGACCUGGCCCUGCGACUAGGAGCCAGCUCUGGGCCAGCUGUACUUUGGAAACAGAAUUAGAGAGAUUGGGCCUUAGGACAUUUGCAUUUUCUUGGCCAAUGAAAAUUCUUCCUCCGAGAUGCUUGGAAUCCCUUGGCCUUGCCGAUCUUCCAGGAUGCGCCCUCGGUCCCCACCCACACUCCUGCAGCUGGCAGUCCGGGGCCUACUGAGGCACAAAGCUGUGGCCCUGGGGGCCCUGGAGGACUUGCCUGGGGACCUCUUUCCCCCGAUCUUCGCAGAGGCCUUCGCCAAGGGGCACGUGGAGGUACUGAAGGCCAUGGUGCUGUCCUGGCCCUUUCCAUGCCUGCCCCUGGGAGCACUGAUGGAGGCUGAGGGCCCAGAGCUCUUCCUCAGCCUGCUGGGCUCCGUCCAAGUGCCGAGGAGGAGGAACUGGCAGGUCCUCCAAGCUGUGCUGGAUGGGCUGGACCAGAUGCUGAACCGGGAGGUGAGCUCCAGGAGUAGGAGGCUGAAGCUGCGGGCGGUGGACGCCCGGUGCGCACAGCAGGGCCUCCCGAAGGUCUGGGCUGGAUCCCUGCGGGAAGCAGGCUUUUGGGAGAUCCCGAAGAGGAGGAGAACGGCCAAGCGGCCCCUCACAAUGGUUCUGGAUAUCUGGAUCCAGGAGGGAUUCCUGAGUGAGUUUUCAUCCCAGCUCCUCCGCUGGACCAAGGAGAGGAGAGGUCUGGUGCAGCUGGAUUGUGUAAAACUGCACAUCACCGCAAAGAAAAUUCAGAGCAUCACGGAGUCCCUGGCCACUGUGGACCUGAGUCGCGUGCAGGAGGCCGACAUGAACUUCAGCUGGGCACUGUCCACGCUGUUCAUCUUCUCCCACUACCUGAGCUACAUGCCCAACCUGCGCAAGCUACGGAUCUGUGACUGCUACGCAAACCCACUGGUUAUCCCCGAGGAGAACAAGUCCUUCAUCACAGACUUCGCCACUCAGUUUCUUAAGCUCCACUCUCUGCGGGAGAUUUGUCUGGACUCCAUCUUCUUCCUGGAAGACCACUUGGCCCAAGUGCUAAGGCGCCUGGUAUUGCCCCUGGAGACCCUGACGUUGGUUCGUUGCCAGCUUUCACCCACGGAUUGGGAACAACUGCCACAGUAUCCCAGCACCAGACACCUGACACACCUGGGGCUGUGCGGCGUGAGGCUGACCGAUUUCAGUCCCGGCCCGCUGCAAAGCCUCCUGGCUAAUACUGCAGCCACGCUGACCAGCCUGCACCUGGAGGCCUGUGGGAUAACAGAAGCCCAGCUGCAUGCCAUCCUGCCCGCCCUGAGCCGCUGCACCCAGCUCAGCGCUCUCCGCUACCUGCAGAACUCCCUGUCCAUAGAUGGCCUGGAGCAGCUAUUGGGCCACACUUCCAGGCUGAGCAACUUAAGCCUGGAGCUGUAUGAGGUUCCCACAGAGAUGUACGGUCCUUCAUCCACUGUCCUCCAGCGGGACCGGGCCUGCCAUGAGCUGCGGAGGGUCAUGACGCUCCUGCAGCAUCCCAGGACUGUCUGGUUUAGUGGUCUCCACUGUCGUCUCCGUGAGAACUGGGAGCCCCACUCCCUGCACUGUACCCCAUGCCCAGCCUGUGUCCCCAUCUAGCUGGCCCCUUGUAUCCAGUGGCACACAGAGCUUUGGAUCCAGAACAAGGGAGAAAAGAACAGGGCGGGCAUUGGGCAGUAGGCUUGGGCACUAUCCACGGUCAGAAAAAGGAAUCUGACUUUCUAGCUGUGAAUUUAUGCCUGGGACGAACGUGUGGAUGGUUGUAAAGGAAAUGAUCCUAAAUAAAGACGACUUCAGCAAACCUCA